UCGGUUCAGUUCAAUCUGCUGAGCUGCGUCCGCCGCAGCACGGCAGCAGGCUACAUCUUCGGUUCAGUUCAAUCUGCUGAGCUGCGCGGCACUCAUACCCACGAAUCACUGGCAGAGAUAAAUGGCGAGAUCGGCACUCUACCUCGUCGCGGUGGUCGUGGCCGCCAUUGCGCUGGCCACGACGCAGGCGAGCUUCAUCUACACCGAGGAGGACCUUGCGUCGGAUGACUCCAUGUGGGCGCUGUACGAGCGCUGGGCCGCACACCACGAGGUGGCGCGCGAACACGGUGAGAAGGCCAGGCGCUUCCCCAUCUUCAAGAACAACGCGCGCUGGAUCCUCGACAGGUAUGGCAGGAAGGGAAAGUCCGCCAUCAACAACUUCGGUGAUAUGACCUACGAGGAGAUCACCACUCAAGCGACGGGGUUAAGGGAGAGUAACCAAGAUGAGCACUGCAGUAGCACAUUGCAUUCCUUGGUCAAGGGAGCGUGUGACAAUUUCUGAAGUGUCACAAUGCACUCUAAAUUCUCAAUGAAUCAGCUAAAGGCCCGUACAGCUAAAACAUCUAUUUCCUCAUCAUCAGCAAAUAAAUGUAAGCAAAGUUCAGUUCGCGAGGCAUUUGAAAGCCGUGACAUCAUGUACCUGAGUUUCAAAACCUGUGCUGUUGCAA